AAUCAACAUAAUUAAAUAUUGUAUUUUUCUUCUCUUUCUUUUAUCAAUACACAUUGAACGUCAUUUGAAACAAAGACAUAGUCUAAAUUUCAGAUCCUAGACCACUUUUUUAAUUCCUGAAAGAAAGUAAAGUUAUUAGUUCUUUAUAAAUAAAAACAAACACCGCUUACAUCAGAGUGUGAAAAUAAGAAAAUGUUUCGAAGUUCGAGUUUGGAUAAAACAUUGGAUGUAGCAUGUUCGCAUUUACGCUUGGAACCUGAUUGGCCAUCAAUUCUCCUAAUUUGCGACUUAAUUCGACAAAAUGAUACGACUCCAAAGUACGCAAUUCAAUCUAUUAAAAAGAAAUUGUUGUCACAAAAUCCGCAUACUGCCUAUUAUGCGUUACUGGUUCUAGAGAGCGUUGUGAAAAAUUGUGGUGCACCCAUUCAUGACGAAAUAUCGACUCGGGAAAAUUGUGAAAUAUUUACCCAACUCAUUGAAAGUACACCGCAUGAAAAUGUAAAAUCAAAAAUGCUCGAACUUAUUCAGGCUUGGGCGUAUGCAUUCCGAACAGUAGAUAAAUAUCAGGCCGUUAAAGACACGAUGACAAUUUUAAAAACUAAAGGUCAUACAUUUCCUGAGCUCAAAGAAGCUGAUGCAAUGUUUACCUCCGACACUGCACCAAUAUGGCACGAUGGCAAGGUGUGUCAUCGAUGCCGUGUUGAAUUUACAUUUACGCAACGAAAACACCAUUGUCGAAAUUGUGGACAGGUAUUUUGUGCACAAUGUUCGGCUAAAAAUUGUACUUUACCCAAAUUUGGCAUCGAAAAAGAGGUACGGGUGUGUGAUGGUUGCUAUGCAAUGCUUCAAAAACCGAGCUCAGGUACAUUAAAACGUGGCGAAGGUCCAAAUGAUUUACCAGCUGAAUAUUUGAACAGCUCAUUGUCUCAACAAUCACAAACGCCAGUCCGUAAGACGGACCAGGAAUUGAAGGAAGAAGAAGAACUCCAAUUGGCUUUGGCACUUAGCCAAUCAGAAGCUGAAAUAAAAAAUAAAAAGACAACCUCAUAUCGUAUGUCAACGCGUAAAACGAGUAGUCCUGAAGUAGUAAAUAAUGUAUCGCCGAUAGCACCAUAUUUGGAACGUGAUUCAAGUCCGAUUUCGGCAACAACAUUCGACGAUCGAACAACCGACCCAGAGCUGGCAAAAUACUUGAAUCGUGAUUACUGGGAACAACGUGGAAGUGCUUCAAAUGGUCAUCAACAAUCAAACGAUAUACCGGCCAAUCCAACGGCUCCAACUCCGACGGCCACACCCCAACCAAAUACAUUUAAUCUUUCACUCAAUUUAAACAAUGCCAACGAAGAUGCUGAAAUUGAAAAUUUUGCAUCCAACUUGCGAACACAGGUGGAAAUAUUUGUAAAUCGCAUGAAAUCAAACUCGAGUCGCGGCCGUAGCAUUUCAACCGAUAGUUCUGUGCAAAAUCUAUUUUUAAAUUUGACCGCGUUUCAUUCACGCUUACUGGAUUACAUAAAAAAAGCGGAUGAUAAACGAAUGUGGUUUGAACAAUUACAAGAUAAACUGACACAAAUUAAAGAUUCGCGGGCUGCAUUGGAUGUAUUGCGACAAGAGCAUCAAGAAAAAUUGCGUCAACAAGCCGAAGAACAAGAGCGACAACGUCAAAUGCAAAUGGCAUACAAGUUGGAAUUGAUGCGAAAAAAGAAACAAGAAUAUUUGCAAUAUCAACGUCAAUUGGCAUUGCAACGCAUUCAAGAACAAGAACGUGAAAUGAAAAUGCAUCAAGAUCAACAAAAGGUCAUGUAUAGUAUGGGCGUUCAAUUGCCAUAUUCAUCACCGUACACUCAGCAUCCACCAGGAACACUGCAGCAAGUAAGAGGCUUGCCAAAUGAAUCUUCUCCGGCCCACAUGAUCACACCAAACAUCAAUAAUUAUGCACCCGGUCCGACCGGUUCAAUACCAUUACCCGCAUAUUUACCACAUUCAACUCCACAAAUGGAACGAUAUUCCAUUCCAACUCAACCGACGAUGUAUUCGGCUGUUGGUGGUCAACCGGCUCCAAUACCUGGAAUGCAUACGGUACCAUAUCCGAAUCAAAUUGGUAUUCCAAAUUCUAUUCCAAAUAUGGCUCCACCACCAUCACAACCACAAGCAAAUAUAGGAAUACCAAAUCAAGCAUUUCCAUCAUCACAAAUGCCUCCUGUACAUACUCAGCCACAAGGAAUAUCUGAGCAACCUAUUCAAUAUGCACCACAACAACAACCAGAGCCACAGCAACCAAUUACUACCCCUAAUGUGCCUGCUCCGGUAACAAUAGCUGAAGAAAAGGAGCCCGUUCAAGAGAACAAAUUAGUUCCUGAAGCUGAAUUGAUAAGCUUUGAUUGAGCUAACCAAAUGAUCAUAAUUUAAAUACAAUCUGGAACUGUACGUGCAUUAAUGCAAUCAAACAGAAAAAGUCUUUAAAAAAAAAAUAUUUCUUUCUGAUGAAGUGAUAAACUUAAUGAAAUUUCCUAGUGCGAUAGGAGCUUAUGUACUUUAUAUUAGUUAACAUGAGUGGCGAAUGAUUCAAAUGUCAACUAUAUUUAUACUAUUCAAUUUCUCCGCACUUGUUUCUAAAAAUAUCCCAUUUUACAGUUUAUUGACUAACUAAUUUAUAUUAUUAACUAUUAUGUGACAUGAACAAAUAAAAUUAUGAAUUAUUAUCCAGCUUAAA